ACUAGAGCGAGGUCAAUCCAGUAAAAAACCUUUUGGAAUGUUUAAACAAUUUGUCACGAAAGUAUUUCAUAGAAAAACAACAAAAAUUUCCUUCCGCAUUUCGAUAUCUGCUACUUGAAAAUCUUGUGAAAAUUCAUUAUGCUUUGCAAACCAAGAACCAACCAGAUUGUUUAAUUUUAAAGUGCAUUUAAGUAAUUACAUAAAUCGAGACUCUUUAAAACAUAAAUUCCUUUGUCAGAAAAUGGGAUUAUUAUUCGCCAAGCUGUGGAACUUAUUUGGAAACGAAGAACAUAAAAUAGUCAUUGUGGGACUAGACAAUGCUGGGAAAACUACAAUAUUGUAUCAAUUUUUGAUGAACGAAGUGGUUCAUACCAGUCCAACAAUCGGUUCCAAUGUUGAGGAAGUUGUUUGGAGAAAUAUACAUUUUAUUAUGUGGGAUUUGGGAGGGCAACAGUCUUUGAGAGCAGCUUGGAGUACUUACUACAGUAAUACAGAGUUUGUGAUAGUAGUAGUGGAUUCGACAGACAGAGAACGUCUUACAAUUAUCAGAGAGGAACUGUGUAAAAUGUUAGCGCACGAAGAACUAUCAAAAGCCGGAGUGCUGAUCUAUGCCAACAAACAGGACGUUAAAGGCUCUAUGUCUGCCUCAGAAAUAUCCAAAGUGCUAGAUUUGACGUCGAUAAAACAGCAACAGUGGCAUAUACAGUCUUGUUGUGCUCUUACAGGAGAAGGAUUGUAUCAAGGUUUAGAAUGGAUAACGAAUAGGUUGAAGAAAAAAUGACAUUUCUAAUGCUAGUCUUAUAGAAAACUUACGACCUCAGCCUAAUGUAAAAAAAUACUUUUAAAACAAGCGUUUUCAUUUUGAAAACGGGUGUUAGUGACUAUUUUAUAUUAUUAUGUAACUAUUAUUGAAAUAUUUUUAACAUUUACGUAGGUAAUUUUCUCAUAUUGAGAAGGCCAGAGUUUUAAAUCUUCCAAGACCAAUGUUUUUUCUCAUAUUGUUAUUUUAUGCUUCUAAUUUUUGCAUUUUAUAAUUAUUCAUAUGUAAGAGAAAUAUCAAAUUUUGCAGUAUAAUUUCAUAUUUUAUUUUUGACUUUUAUGUAACAAUUUAUGGUCCACAUUUUGAUGAAAAUGUUCCUACAAAGCUGGUCAAUGCCAAAAUUCAAUAUAAUAUGUUUGUGAUAUACAAAAAUUUGAGCAAACUUUCAAGGCUCAAAUUUGAAAAGUUUUGUACAUACUUAGUUGAUCCAUUAUAGGUUGUAUUUUUUAUUGUUAUUUGCUAUUAAAGAGGACAUUUUUGUAGCUGUUAAUCUGGGCAGAAAGGCCUUGUUUUAGGGAUAAGUUCAAUACAUUAAAUCAGAAUAGGUACCUAUUCAGCUGUUGGAUUUGGGCCAAGGAUCAGUUACAAAGAAUUUCUCACUUAAGCUGAUAAGGGCAAAAAUUAAUUAUUCAUUAUUUUGCUUCAUUAAUUAAAUUCUUUUAUAA